GUGUCGAAAAAAUACUGAAUCGACCCAACGCGCAGUGUUGCAGAAUUUAAAAAAGUUCCACAAACACUGCACAGAAUAAAAACAAACAAAAUGUCAAAACAAUUUGGCUUAAUUAUACCUGGACAGCAGAAGAAGGCCGCGGCAAGGCCUACACAGUCAACAGUCAGGCCCUGCAUAUUCGACGAAAGCAGCAGCUCGAACAGCGAUGAUGAUGCCGGCCCGCCGAAAAUGCGUGCAAGUACCAAGCCCGUAGUGGUUAGUGGGCCAAGUUUGAUGGAGCGACGCAAAGCACGUAAUCUACAGGAGAAAGCGUUGGCCGAGGAUCCUACCAUAUUUCAAUACGACGAGCUCUACGAUGAGAUGGAAACUAAACGAGAGGAGGCCAAAGAAACAAAGCGCCAGGAGCCGCGCAAGGCCAAAUAUAUAGGCCGGCUAAUGGAACAUGCAGAGCGACGCAAGCUGGAGAAUGAGCUGCGUGUUGAGCGUCAAGUGCAAAAAGAACGUGAAGCUGAGGGUGAAAAGUUCAAGGACAAGGAGACAUAUGUGACAUCAGCCUAUCGCAAGAAGUUGGAGGCCAUAAGAGAGAUGCAAGAGCAGGAUAAGCGAGACGAGUAUCUGGAAGCUAUAGGCGAUGUGACCAAACAGAAGGAUCUCGAUGGUUUCUAUAGACAUAUCUACGAACAAAAGCUGGGCACGCAGCAGCCCGUGCUUAAGCCAAAGACGGCGCCUGCCAACGAAGCUGUGGCCUACAAGCCCAUCAAAUCGGAUGCAGCUACUGCCAGCAAACAACGCACUUACCGCAAGCGACGUGCAUCUGAAGAUGAGGAACAAACGGAUACAGCAACGCCAGCUGCAGCUGCUGAAGAGUCAAAACCAGCUGGCAGUAGCGCUGUCAAAGCACACUUGACCAACAAUAUAGAUGCCGAUUCGGACUUUAGCAUAGAUUCGAGUGAUGAUGAGGAGGAUGAGAAGAAAGAGGAAGGGCAGCAGCAGCAAAAAGGUGAUAAGAAAAAGGAAUCUGCAGACAGUGCAGAAGCUGCUGACAAAAAAGUUAAUCCUGACACAGCUGACAAGGCUAAAGAGCCUCAAAAGGUUGCCGCCGUCGUCGAGCAGAAGGGUGCUGACGUGCAAUUUAAGGUGCCCACAGUAAAAGAGCCAACGCCACCGCCCCCCAUUGAUCGCACGCUCAUCUGGCGUAAGCGCACCAUAGGCCAAGUGUUUGAUGAAGCGCUGGCACGAUACCAAGCACGUAAAGUUGCACGUAGGGCUUGAAUCAGUUUGUUUAAAUGAUUAGCAA